CAUUACGUUGACUGAAUGUUGACGGAACGUGACUAUACCGAGAACUGUGACUCUGCGGUCACGCUGGAACCCCCCCUGACAAACAUUUUUACUUCCACCUUGAUUGAACUCGAUGAGGAGGAGCAGCAGAGGUAUUUGAACGGCAGUGCUACCGAGCCACGCAGCCUUCUGCUUGGGCCACUGAGGACCUACCUUGGUGAAGACUCCCAUAGGGCCAGAGACAUGGGGAAAUGGGGAUGGCGAGUGGACGCCUCCCGUUGGUCUCUUCAACUGCUGCUGCUCCUGGCCUCGUCACUGACUCUGGCUACCGACCUUCCCGGUCUCAAAUGUCUGUGUGACUUCAACACCACCAUCUCCUGUGAUUGGAACAGCUCGGCCCAGUCUCCUCCCAUCACGGCUGCCACCUCAUGCAAGCUCAAAGCCGAAAAGAUGCGCCCCCGUGGUGGACCAACUAGCUAUAAAUCGGAAUGUGAUAUGAGGCCCCGGGACCCUGCUCACCCAGCCUUACGAGCAUGCAGCCUGGUCUUACCACCAACAUUGAGCCAGGGGUUUAGACUCAGCGAUAAGUGGAAAAUGAUUCUGGACUGUGAGUCUAUGAACACCACCACCAUCGUCUACAGGCCAGCAGACUACACAAAGCUGAAGAGACCCAGCACGCCUGAGGUCAACCUGACCGCCGUCUCCUUAUUCUCUGAGGUCCCUAGAUUAGACUGGAUUGACGAGCGUGACAUCCAACUGCAGUGGAUAAAAGUGGGUCAACCAUGGGGGGCUCAGAACAUUACGAUGGAAACCAGGUGCGAUCCCCUGUGCCAGAUGGAGUUAACCGGGCUGGAGAAGGGAGAGCAGUACCAGGCGCGCAGCCGAGUCCGUCAUAGCAAGGACCUGUACAAAUCAGAGUGGAGCGACUGGAGCCCUGUGUUGCAGUGGGUCUCUGCCGUCGGGACGGAAGUAUCAUCAACGACAGGCCCAUUUGGCUCUUCCAAGCAUGCAGAUCCGCCCCUGCAGUGGGAAGCUCUGGUGACAGCAGUCGUAGGUGCAGUGGUGUUUCUGUCCUUAGCCAUCAUCGUCUGCAAGACAGACAGAGAGACCUGGGUGUUCAUGGUGAAGAAGAUCAGUGGUCCUCCUCUGCCAAACCUGGAUCACUUACUCGGUCCUGAAGGCAAAUCUCCGGUUUGGCUGAAGCCUGGCUUCCCCAGCGAGUCCCAUCACACCCUGACUGCUCUAGAUUUGAUCUCCUCAGUGGAGGUCACCAGCCGGCAGCCGGCAACACUGAACCUCAAGGCCUCCAAACACAGCCGGUCUGCACCACUUGCGCAGAAGCUCAAGGCCGCCACCUGGUGCUCCAACCCAAGCUAUCCCCACCUGCUCCUCCACGUCGAGGCCCACCCUCACCUGAAGCCCUGCAGCGCCGACUCCCCUUACGGACCCAUGGGCGGGGGAGCCGUGGGUGAGGCGGCAACGGGAGGAACAGAGGAGUAUCAGGGGGAGGGCGGAGAAGGAAGGGCUCCAUCUGACCUGAAUCUACUCAACAUGAUCCCCGGCGCUCCUAUCGGCACUACCGGGUCCAUGAAGUUCUGCAAGAGAUACGAAGAGGUGGGAGAGGGAGGAGGCAGCACGGCUGAGGGUGGGUCUCAAGGUUCAGAGAGUCAAGAAGAGGAAGGAGAAGAAUCGCCGAUUGAAAAGUUGCUGAGUCAAGGAUUCGUCCGGGGAGAUAUCAUAGGUCAGGGAUCACUGGAGGUUUGUUUGGACUAUGAAAAGGUCGGGUCACUGGAGGUUUGUUUGGACUAUGAAAAGGUCGGGUCACUGGAGGUUUGUUUGGAUCAUGAAAAGGUCAGUUCACCGGAGGUUUGUUUGGACUAUGAAAAGGUGGGGUCACCGGAGGUUUGUUUGGACUAUGAAAUGUUCAAGUUGCUUGAAGGUAGAGCCAUGAGCCCUGACUCAGGUGUAGGCAGUGGGGGGGAGGAGCAAGUCAGUGUGGAGAGCCUGGAGGGUGUGGAUUUCUCUCUUGGCACCAAAACAUUUACAUUUCCUCCGCUUUCGGGCAAAGAACUACGACUCCCUGGUUCACUCAUCGAGAGCUCCCCGUUUUUCCCAGGGCAAGGACCGAGUUCAUCCUUGUCAUUUAAUUCGGAAGAUGGCGUUUCCAUGACGAGUAAAACCACAUUGCUGCCCUCUAGUGGCGGAUAUAUGCCAGUGUAAACACAACUGAAAACUGAAAAUACCUAUCAUCAUAUUAUCUAUGCAACGUCAAUAUUCAAGUUAUUUUUUUUUUGGGGAUAUUUGCAUUAAAAACUGAUUAUUAAUUAUUCACUAUGAACUUUCGCACUCAUUGUUAGGCUACACAUUGAAGUGGUGGCAUAGGCUUAUCGUUCAUCCUUAAACCCCUAACAACCUAUGAUAACUGCUUUAUUUAUAUUCCAUAGCAUAUGUUAAGCAUCAACGAGGGUUUAACGUUUCAAAGAGACCAAUCAUGUCUCCUUAAAUAGAGUACUAAUAGCGUAGGUGAAUACAGCCCUUUAUAGCUGUAGCUAUAGUCCGAGGUGAAUCUAUUUUAACAGUUUUUGUUCCCUUAAAGCGCUGUUGCUGGGUGUCAACCCUUUACGUCACGAACACCUGUUGCCUGCAAGCUUCGCACUCGCAGCUUCACCUGAAGAUUGAUGGAUCAGAUGACGUCUCGUAUUUUCGUUUUUUUUAAAUUGCGAAUGAUUGUGAGAUCAACACAGCACUAAUAUGAAACGAAUUGGAUAUAGGUGAUCUUUGGAAAAUAUUUGACCGAUAUUUAUCUUUGGACACAUAAGCCUAGAAUCGGCGACGUUUUGCGAGGAGCAGGCAGGUGUUGGUGAUCCUUGAAUGUGAGUGUGCAAGACUAAUGGUUAUUCCCAGAAUUAACUGCGCGUUUUGUAAUGGCUCCCCGGCAUGGCUCCACCGAACUGCGGGUCAAGAACUCUGGGGUGUCACCUGUGGUAGUGGAUCAACAGGUAAAUGCUGCGACGGACAAGCUUGACGGCUUUCACCUUUUCUUUGUGAACCGUAUGAUACAUAAUGUACAUUAAACCAAAUAAUGAGC